AAUGAAUAAAAAUCUAUUGGACUUGUUAAGGUAUGAUGAUGAAGAUCCUUUUGAAAAAGAGAUAGUCCUUUAUUAUUAGACAAGAAAGGUAUAUAUUAAUGUGAUCUAAGAGUUUGAAAGCAAUAAAAAAUUAAAGUUAAGAAUUAUAUGUUGUUUCAAAAUAAUGGCUUAGAUAAUGGAAAUAUUACGUAGAAUAUAUUGAAGGGAUUGCUCCAAACUAGCAUAGAGAUAAAGUAUAAGACAUAUAAAUUAAUUAGCCUGGAGCAUUAAAUAGUGAUUUAUUAUCAAAUGAGAAUUUUCUAUUAAAAUAUCCAAGAGAUCAUGCCUUUAAUUAAAAAAUAAUAAAAUUGUAGCCAGAAGAUUAUGUUUUAGUAGGAUAUUUAUACAUAUUAUGACAGGUUAAUAAACAAAUGAUUGAUGUUUGGGAAAAUGUUUAUGGUGCAGAAUUGAAAAUAUUGAGAUUAGUACAAUUCAAUUAAUAAGGUGUCCCAUCAUUAAAUGUUAAUUUAUUAAGAGUAUUUAAAAAUAAUUAGAUUAGCAACCUGUUUACAUCAAUGUAUAAAACCCAAAAAGAGGUAUACUUUAAGUAGAUGAGAAUUGCAUAAUAAAAUAUUGGAUUUAGUUGUUAUUUGUGGCAGUGAAAAAUGAAUUCUAAAUUAAUGUUGAAAAGAUAAGACUAUGGAAACAUAAGCAUUUUUAAGCUGAUUAUGCAAUAAAAUAGUUGGAAGAACAUUAGGGACGAUUUAAUGGUGAAAUUUUAGAUGAAAAUCUUACAGUAGGGUUUUAUAAGACUGAUUUAAUAAUUAUUGAUAUUAAAAUAAAUGGGAAAUGGUAAUAUGAUUAUAUAGAUAUGAAAGUAUACAUUAAUUUAAUUUUAGAUUGCUUUUUCUCAAUAGUUUAAACAUAUUUAUGAAAAGGCAUAUAAAGGAUGUGGCAAAUUUAUAUGUGAUAAGAAUUAUUGUUAUAGUAAUCCAAUAUUUUCAUAAAUUGGAUUUGAUAAGAAAACUUUAUAAUAAUUUUUAAUUGAAUAAUUUAAAGAGGAAACUAUAGAUUGGAAUACUGUAUGUUGGAAUUAAGUUAUAGAAUAAAAACCAAUAUAAUAAUUUGAAGGUGAUAUAGUUGUCACUUUAAGUGCAUUAUCUAAUUUUCCUAAUAGUUUUGGAGCAUCUUUUAUUCUAAAUUUUAAUAAUUGUUAUGAUGUAAUUAAUUACAAUAAUCUAAAUCCUGAAUUGAAUUUAUAAACUAUUUAAUAAGUAAAUAAUGUAAUAAAUGUCAAAAUUCUUAGUUAAUGGGUGGAUAAUUUAGUUUAAAAUAAAAAAUAAAAUAUAUAUUUUGUAAGAUCAAUAAUUAUUAUUAUGCAUUUUAAAUGUUUUAAUGACCUAUUGCAUUAAGAGUAGAAUAGAAUGUUAGAAGCUUUUUUAACUUUAAAUGCAGAAGAUAAAGAACUAUUAGCUAAUUAUUUAAUAAUUUUGCCUGAUGAAUAUUAUAUUAGAUACAUAUAGACAAUUAUAGAAAUUUUAGGAAUAUUCUUAAAAAAAGAAUCAAUGAAACAAAUUUAAUUAUUAAAAAAAACUGAAAUCUAAUAUGUUCAAUAAAUGCUUGAACUUUUAUAAGUAUUUUAUAAAUCUAAUAUAAUUGUUAAAAGAUUAAAUCCUACUAAAUUUUAAAUAGUUGAAAUUGCUAAAUUAUAUCCAAAAUAUGGUGAUUAAUUGGAAUACUUCUAAUUUGAUAGUUAUAAUAAAAAGGAUUUAGAAAAAUAUUAUUUUACUUUUUGUUAAUAUCCAUGGGUUAUACCAUUGGAAUUCAAAAGUGAAAUUCUUGCAAUAGAUUCUAGAAUGAAUUAAAAAAGUUAAUAUGAAAGUUCAUUAAUGUUUUUUUAACCAUAUUUAAAAUUAUAGAUUGAUCGUAAUGAUGUUGUAAGAAGUGCAUUAGAAGCACUAUCAAGAGAUGAUAUUAAUUUAAAGGCUAAAUUACAAAUAAUAUUUUAAGGGGAAUAAGGAAUAGAUUAGGGUGGAUUAGCAAGAGAAUUUUUCUGUUUAUUGACAUAAAAAUUAUUUGAUUUGAAUUUUGGAAUGUUUGUUCCAAAAAAUAACAAUUCUAUCUUAUGGUUUAAUAAAUAUAAUAUGGAAAUGCCAAUUAAAUAUGAAUUAAUUGGAAUGAUCUUAGGAUUAGCUUUAUAUAAUCAAGGUAUAAAUAAAGAAAUAAUUAGUGUAUUUGGAUCUUUAAUUUCCAUAAGUUAUAUUUAAAAAAUUAAUGAAUGAACCCACUUGUUUUGAAGAUUUAAAAGAAUUAGAUUUAGAAGUUUAUAAAGGACUUAAUACUCUUGCAGAAUAUGAAUAAGAUAAUAUUGAGGAUACAUUUGCUCUCAACUUUACUAUUACUGAGGCUGUAUGGGAUGAUAUUAUUGCAGUUGAAUUACUUGUAUUAUCUAUUUCACUUACAUUUAGCCUAAUGGAUCUUAAAUACUCGUAAAUCAAAAGAAUAAACAUGAAUAUAUUAAAUUAUGCAUUAACUAUUAUUUGAACGAAUCAAUUAAAAUACCAUUUAAUUCGUUUAAAAAAGGGUUUUGGACAGUUGUUGAGGGGAAUGGAAUUAAAUUGUUUUCAGGAUCUGAAUUAUAACAAUUGAUAGUUGGAUAAAAACAUAUUGAUCUAUAAGAAUUAGAGGAUACAACAGAGUAUAAUGGAUUUGAUAAGAAUUCUGAAUAUAUAAGGUAUAAUAUAUUUAAAAUAUAUUAAUAGAUCAUUUUGGGGAUUUCUACGUUCCUUAAAUGAAGAAUAAUAAAAACGUUUUUUAUUCUUUUGCACUGGUUCAGAUAGAAUACCUGUUGGUGGAUUAAAAUCAUUAAAAUUUUAGAUUUAGAAACAUGGAGAAAGUAUUAUUUAUAUAAAUUAAUUAAGAUUCUGAGUAAUUGCCUUCAGCCCAUACUUGUUUUAAUGUAUUUUUAUUACCAUAGUAUGAUUCUAUAGAGAAAAUGAUUAUGAAACUAUAAAUAGCUUUGUAAAAUUGUGAAGGAUUUGGGCUUUUAUGAUAU